AUGGCGAGAACAAGAUCAACCAAGUCUGCGCCAGCAGCAAAACUAGAGUCCACCAAUGCCUCCUCGACGGCCAAAUACACCUUGCCUGAGGAGCCUUCGAACGCCCCGAAACUAUUCGUCAUCCCCAGAAAAGUAACAAAAGACGCUCGCAUAAUCUCCUUGCCCAACCCUCGCUACUCGAAACCUACUCGCUACCUUCUUUGCCCCGACACAGGCAUCUACGAGUUCACAAAAAUCGCAGCGCCCAAGACAACACCCAGAAGCUGGUUGGUUGAGACAGCUCCUGGCCAUCUGGAGGAGCCGGCGUCCAAGGAACAGUCCCAGCUCGAUGCCCAGGUCACCAACGGUGCGGAUCUCUUCGUCGCGACGCUCGUCGACCCCCUCUUUUUGCUAGUACCUGUACUCUUCGGCUCUACCAGCGCAAAGAAUUCCGGGACGAAGCGCCUCUUCCUUUCCAGCGACGACUACUUCGAUGCGCUGUCUACGUCAUCUUCCCACAUGUACGAAGCCCUCCGAAGCCCCAAGACGCAAGCUCUACUCGAAUCACGAAUGGAGUCUGUUUGCGAUGCCGUCGACGCUGGCGAUGAGAAGAUGUACCGUCUAAGCGAGAAGAAGCUCGUUCUCCAGAUCCUAUCGAAGGCGCGCUCAAUGGGCUCCAGCGGCCUCCCCGCUACGAUGGAGGAGAAGUUUGUCAAAAAAGCCCUGGAAGCACCCAUUCAAGUGCAAAAGUCACAAGCCGCCGUGAACACAGUCGUCAAGCAAGGCCUCGAGACAGUCACCGAUGAAUCAAGUGGAAACGCGGCAAAGAACGAGUCGGGGGAUUCCCAGUCCUCCGUUUCGACAGAAGACAGCACAGCCACGUCUACCUCGAAUGCUCCAACGGUGGCUACCUCUGUCGAAGGUGAGGUCGUUGAGGAGACGGUGGUGAGCGCGAUCCAAGCAUCCGACGAAGUGAUGGGGCUCCAGAGGCUCAGGAUCGCCUUCGGCUUCAUCUGCUCUAGCUACCUUGCGACAGGGAUGGCAUCGAGUCUGAAGGAUCUCCUCGCCGACAAAGAAACGUCGGGCGUCGAUUUCUCGCCUCUUGACGACUACCUGGCUCAACUGGCCAAACUUCGCGCGGAAGCUGCAUCAUCCCGUUCCAUGGCCGACUACUCUAGGAAGCGCAUGCUGGAUGAGGAAGAGGAAGAGGCUCGCGCCGAGAAGAAGCGCAAGGUGGAGGAGGAGAAAAAGAAAAGAUCCUCUCAGAGCCGCGGUGUCAAGGCACUGGAAAAGGUCAACACCAAGGGCAUGAAGAAAAUGAGCGACUUUUUCAAGAAGAAAUAA